GAUAAUUUGUGACCCCCCUCCGUGAUGGCACCUGGGGUGACCUGACCCCCUUCCUACGCCGCUGCCCCAUGCCACUCCUAUUUCUGAUUCUUUCAGCUGCAGACGCUAUGCGUUGUUUCCGGACUUCACCCUCCUCCUUGUGCCUCCUCCUCUUCCUCCUGGCUUCAAGCUCUACCUCUGAAGAUGAUACUGUGGUGGUCACCAGCAGCGGUCCUAUUAGAGGCAAAAGACUCCCAGCUGGCCCUGGCUCUGUGACCGCCUACCUGGGCAUCCCCUACGCUGAGCCCCCCAUAGGCAAACUGCGUUUCCAGAAGCCGGUUCCACAUCAGCCGUGGAGCCAGGUCUUGGAGGCCACCACCUUUGGCAACUCUUGCCUUCAGUUUAAUAACGAUUCCUUCCCUGAUCGACCCAUAUGGACUCCAAACACACCACUUUCAGAGGACUGCCUCUUCCUCAACAUCUGGGUGCCCCAUCCACGGCCAGUCACACCAGUGCCCAUCCUUGUAUGGAUCCAUGGUGGGGGUUUUAGCAUGAACUCAGCCUCAGCAGAUGUCUUAAAUGGAGGCUUAUUAGCUGCUACCGAGAAUGUCAUUGUGUGCAACUUGAAUUUCCGCAUGGGUACCCUGGGUUUCCUGUACCUGCCUCCAGCUGCCCCAGGAAAUGUUGCGUUGUGGGACCAACAUCUGGCUCUGAAGUGGGUGAGUGAGAAUGCAGCUGUCUUUGGCGGGGAUCCAGCUCGGUUGACUCUCCUUGGCUUAGGUGAAGGAGGAGCUUUAGCAGGUUUCCACCUACUUUCACCGGCAAGCCAACCCCUUGUUGCCCGUGGUGUGUUUCAUAGUGGAGUUCCCACUGCCCACUGGGCCUGGAGGAGUCCGGAAAAGGCUGAAAGAGAAUCAGCGAUGUUGAGUCAGCUCAUGGGGUGUCCUAAGACUAAUCACAGUGCGAUGGUCAGCUGCCUACAGGGGAAGGAAAUUGAGAGCCAUGCACUUUCUGAACUCUGUGGUAUCAGAUCAAUAACAACGGAUGGGGAAUUUCUCACCGAUGACCCCCGAAAGCUCCUGGAGAGAGGCAUUCAAGGCAAACCCAUUCUUACUGGUGUCAUGGCUAAUGAAGACUCAUUCCUGGUAUACCUUAUGCUUCCUAGUGCUGAAGUAAAUGAUGGGAUCCUGACCUGGGAACAGCUUCUUGAGCGGGUGCUGGAAACUCUGAAAACAGAAGACAUUGCCAGGGCUAUAGCCCUCAAAUAUGCUGAAUACUUUCAAGGGCCAGAGCGGUACCGUUUGGCCUUGAUUCAGUAUUUGGGAGAUUAUCCCUUUUUAUGCCCAGUGAUGGAGUUUGCUGCAAAGGCCAGAGAAGUUGGGAGCCCAGCUUAUGUUUAUUCCUUCAGCCACCGCAGUUCUGGCUUUCCUUGGCCAGAGUGGAUAGGGACCCCCCACGGAGCAGAGAUCCCCUACUUGUUUGGAAACUUGGCAGCGUCACUGCGGAAAGACCCAUCGGAGGCGGAGGUGGAAUUGAGCCGGCGAGUGAUGCGAUACUGGGCGGAGUUUGCCAGAAGCGGGAAUCCCACCGGGUCUGCGCCGAAUGAGGAACAGUGGCCUGUCUACAAUGCUACAGAGCAGAACGUCUUCCACAUCACCACAGAGGCAGCCCAGCACAAAUGGAUGCCACCUGCUCCACGAUGUGCUUUCCUGGCCACUCAUCUAGCAAAUGAAAUAGAAGCAAGCUACUGUGCAGGAUGGGCAAGGGCGUGUUUCCCUCCUGUCCGGCUUGCCCAGGAGCGGCGUUAA